UGUGUCUAGCAGAGAUGCAUCAUAAAGGAAUGCAGGGAUGCUGAGAGGCCGGUGUGUGGAAUGCGCGCGUUGUCACAGCGACAGAGCAGCUUGGAUACAGAGCAUCACAGAGAGAUCGUGAACGCGCACAAGAGAGAGAGAGAGAGAGAGAGAGAGAGAGAGAGAGAGAGAGAGAGAGAGAGAGAGAGAGAGAGCGCGCGCGCGCGCACAUAUCUCCCAAUGUAAAAUCACUGUAGCAAUUGCUGUCGCGGGGCACCGGAGCCGGUGAUCACCAUGGCCGCCUUUCGUAGCAGGAAUCAGAUGCUGAAGAUGCUUACAGAUUAAAACUGAGACUUCGCUACUGAAGUCAGCGCGUGAAAUCAGCCGGGAAAACUGGAAUAUCUCGCGUCGAAUAUGAUUAAACGAAAAGAGUGUUGGCUAGGCAAAUAGAGCGGGAAAAAACAGGUCGUAGAAGUGAGUUUGUAUUCUCUUCUCUUUUUUUCCUCCCUAUAUGCUGUGAUGGGAAAAACGGGCUGUCGUUUCCAAACAAGAAAUUUAACGCACGAAUCAAACUAGACUUCGUUUAUGUAGACGUUCGGGUAAUGGAGCGGCGUACGCACGCAAUUCUCCACUUUUGAAAUCGUUUCUUAUGAAUGUUUCUGAUGUCGGGGUGUUGUCGGGAGAAGACGUGAAGCAUUUCGUGCUAUUUUCUGCUCGGACAACGGGAAAUUCUUGUGGUUUAUUCAGAGACGCUGAAUAUGAGAGAAUGCAGCUCGGGCUGAUGGAAUUGCGGUGACAACAACUGAGAAAACGAGGAAAUACAAGUAGAUCUCAAUAUACACAAACCGCCGAUUUCUGCCUGCAGGUCAUUCCCAGACAGAAUCAGCAAUCAUCUGCGUGACCUCUGUGAUUGACCCCAUGAGGACAGCCCAGGGAGAUGGAACGUAAUAGACUUUUCACCUUUACUCUCUGCUGCAUUUACAUGACAACUCACCAGGGCUGAGCACGACAUCAGCCACUCGUUCAUCCCAACCCUUCCACAGUCCUCCCAUUCCUUUCCUUCCUUUUGUUCCCUCUCUCUAAAUCCCUGAAAUACAUCCAAACAAACCAACAGGUUAACUUGUUCUUCUUUUUUGUUAUUGUUUAACUUUCCUUUGCCCUUCCCCUGAGACAAAGCAAAGAGAAAGUUAAUAAAUCAGUGGAGCGAAGAGAGAAGGAAAGAACAAGUCAGUCAUGUAUCUCCCCUAUGCCUGUAAACGUGACUUGGGCCAUGGCCGCUAUUCAGAGGCCACCCACACAAUCUCCUUCCUCUGGCUGGCACUCUGGAUCACACUGGCAGCAUGCCAACGUAUUGAUCCUGGCACCAAGUAUCCUACUGUCACCACAAACUAUGGCAAGUUACGUGGGAUAAAAAAAGAGCUCAACAAUGAGAUCUUGGGUCCUGUGGAACAGUAUCUGGGUGUCCCAUAUGCCACAGCACCAAUUGGAGACCGCCGCUUUCAGCCACCUGAAGCUCCUGGGUCCUGGCAGGAAGUGCGGAACGCCACACAGUUUGCCCCCGUUUGCCCGCAGAACGUACAUGGUGUUUUGCCUGAGAUCAUGUUGCCUGUCUGGUUUACCGACAGUCUGGAUGUGGCGGCCACUCACAUUCAGAAUCAGAGUGAAGACUGCCUCUAUCUCAACGUCUAUGUGCCCACAGAGGACGGUCCACUCACAAAAAAACUUGAUGAAUCAACACUGAACCGGCCACGAGAUGAAGACAUCCGUGACCGUAGGAAGAAACCUGUCAUGCUGUUCAUUCAUGGUGGCUCAUAUAUGGAAGGAACCGGAAACAUGUUUGACGCCAGCGUGCUUGCAGCAUAUGGCAACGUCAUUGUGGUCACCAUGAACUACAGACUGGGAGUCCUGGGUUUCCUUAGCACAGGAGAUCAGUCUGCUAAAGGAAACUAUGGCCUGCUGGAUCAAAUCCAGGCACUGCGCUGGCUGACUGAGAACAUUGGACACUUCGGUGGCGACCCUGAGCGGAUCACUAUCUUUGGUUCCGGGGCAGGAGCGUCUUGUGUCAACCUACUCAUCCUGUCACACCACUCUGAGGGGCUGUUUCAGAGAGCCAUUGCUCAGAGUGGUUCAGCCAUAUCUAGUUGGUCCAUUAAUUAUCAACCCUUAAAGUACACUAAGAUUCUGGCCCGUAAAGUGGGAUGCACAUACGGGGAGACUGCAGACCUGGUAGACUGUCUCCGCAGGAAAAACUUCAGAGAGCUGGUGGAUCAGGAUAUACAGCCGGCCCGCUACCACAUUGCAUUUGGACCUGUGGUGGAUGGAGACGUUGUGCCAGAUGACCCCGAGAUCCUCAUGCAGCAGGGCGAGUUCUUGAACUACGACCUUCUUAUCGGUGUAAAUCAAGGUGAGGGGCUGAAGUUUGUGGAUGAUGGGGGCACUGAGAGUGAAGAGGGGAUUUCAGCUGCAGCAUUUGACUAUACCAUCUCUAAUUUUGUGGACAACCUCUAUGGAUAUCCUGAAGGUAAAGACAUCCUGAGGGAGACAAUUAAGUUCAUGUACACAGAUUGGGCAGACCGAGACAAUGGUGAAAUGCGGCGGAAGACUCUCCUCGCAUUAUUCACUGAUCAUCAGUGGGUAGCACCAGCAGUCGCUACUGCCAAGCUCCACGCGGAGUACCAGUCUCCAGUCUACUUUUACACGUUCUAUCACCACUGCCAAACAGAGACACGACCUGAAUGGGCAGAUGCGGCACACGGGGACGAGAUUCCAUAUGUGUUUGGCGUGCCCAUGAUCGGAGCAACUGACCUCUUCCCUUGCAACUUUUCCAAGAAUGAUGUCAUGCUUAGUGCUGUGGUCAUGACCUACUGGACCAACUUUGCCAAAACCGGGGAUCCUAACUUGCCAGUUCCUCAGGACACCAAGUUUAUCCACACCAAGCCCAACCGCUUUGAAGAAGUGAUCUGGACCAAGUUCAACUCUAAAGACAAACAGUAUCUGCACAUCGGCCUUAAGCCUCGCAUCCGUGAUAACUACAGAGCAAACAAGGUUGCCUUCUGGCUGGAAUUGGUUCCUCACCUCCACAACCUCCACGAGAUCCUGAGCUCCACCACAACCCGGCUGCCUCCGGGAACCACACGUACCCCACACUGGAAGGGCCCAGGACCCCGUACAACACGUCACCCUUUCCCUACCUUCCCUUCAGAAACAGAGCCAGAUGGCUCAGAGCCUCCAAGAUUUUCGCCCUUCCCAAGCACCACCCGGGAUUACUCCACUGAACUAAGUGUGACAGUAGCAGUUGGCGCAUCACUCCUUUUCCUUAACAUCUUGGCCUUCGCUGCACUUUACUACAAACGUGAUAAACGGCAUGAGAUGCGACGCCACCGGUUGUCCCCGCAACGAGGCGUACCCGCUAAUGACUUAGCACACAGCCAGGAGGAGGAGAUCAUGUCCCUGCAAAUGAAGCACUCAGAGCACGACGCACACCAUGACAUGGAGCCGUUGCGACCACAUGAUAUUUUACGACCCUCAUGCCCACCUGACUACACAUUGGCACUGAGGCGGGCGCCUGACGAUGUGCCGCUCAUGACCCCCAAUACCAUCACCAUGAUUCCUAGUACCAUCACUGGCAUGCAACCGCUGCAUGCCUUCAACACCUUCCCCACAACCACCGGGCACAACAACACACUCCCCCACCCGCACUCCACCACCCGUGUAUAGUACCACCCCCAGGAUGAGAGGACUAGCUCUCAUACAUAUCCAGUUUUCUCUCUGUGUCCACCUUCUGAGCUUCUUAAUUUAAAAUACUCGAAUUACAGACACAGGAUCUUGUUGCCGUUCUCAGACAAAAAUCUGAGAAUUGCUAAAUGUUAGUACACACUAUAGGAGCUCUGUUUACAGACCUUACAGUGAGCAAAAACUUUGGCUGGUAGUGACAAAUCAUCGGUCUCUUACAGGAUUUUUGCUUGCUGUUUGUUUGUCCACAGUGUCCUUGAAUAGAUGGGGCAAUGACUGGUUGAUAAUUAAAUUAGAUGAUCUGAUGUCAUGAGAAGAAAUGAUAACACUUUUCCACUUUUCUUCUCUCACUACAGUGGCAGAGUGCAGACAUCAUCUCUCUAUCUACUUUCUCUCAUCCUUUUCUUUGUUAUUUCAUUACAGUGCUGUCACUACCCAAUCAUUUUUCUCUCCUGUGAGCACUGAGUCUAAAUGUGCCCUGUUACCUUGGAUUGUGUUUUACAUGGAUUGUAGGAAGACAAAACCUGGAUAUGUUGUUUUUACCUGCAGUCUUGUGUCAAGUAGUAAAUCAUACCUUGUAACAAGAGACAGAGAAUGAGCGAAAAUGACAAUGUCUGACAGAAGACAAAAGUGCCAACCUGCUCUUUCUCUCUCUGCUCUUUUUAUGUUGUUUUAUCACACAGAUUUGAUUUGGCUAUAUGUUGUUUCUUAGGAAGAUUUUUGUAUGUAUAGAUAUAUAGACAAAUAUAUUAAAGAAUGAUAAAAUACAUAUAUAUUUACAUGUUUUGCCCAGUGGGAUCAAUGCAUGAAAUAUUUUUAAAGCAACAAGAAGGACACUGAGAAGGUAACCCCCAAUGCACAUAUCGCUCAUUUGCAUAUUUAUUUUCCUUUGGUUUGCAUGCGUAAAAUGGCUACAAAGAUCACAUCCCAUUGUCGUUUCCUCAGUCUGACCACUCUGUAGUGCAGUUUGUUAUUCUGUCUCCCCAACAAUGUGAGCAUGGCAAUAUUUCUUCAAAGGCUUUUCAACAUUCAUAUGUAGGUGCUUUUAUUCAACCACUGACCACGGUAAUAAUGUACUAUACAUACAGCAUAGUGUACUAGUGAACUACCAGAGCUAUCUGUGAUGGUCAGAUGCCACAAAUAGCAAAUGCACAUGUAGCUUUUCUUACUUCACCUGUGAAUUAUUCAAUAUAUAUUCAGCUUUUAUUCAGCUUAUUUUUUAAAGAGCAAAUACAAAUUAUUUUCUUACAUCUCUCUCUCUCUCUCUCUCUCUCUGUCUCUCUGUCCUUGCUCUUUGUUAUACACCAUUGUUUGAUAUUCAGAGGCCUAGUAUAAUAAGCAGCAUUUUGUAUAUUUGUGUGUGUGUUCACACAUGGCGAGUGUCUUUUCUAGACAGUAUGUCUUUAGCCAUCUGUUAACGUGAGUGUGUGAAUUAAGCUGUAUUUCAACAGUCUUUUGCAAUGGUAACAGGACAUGAGUGUAUGGGACAUAGAGAGAGAGAGCUAUAGAAACAACUGAAAAAUGUGUAGAGAAACAGUCAAUGAAUGACUCCUCCAGCAGCUUUGUUGUUAUUUCUCUCUUUCUCUGGCCUUCUCUCAUUCCUACAGGAAAAACCAAUCAAGCUUUAGGCCAUUGUACAUGUAACAUUGUUAGUAUGGUGUUCUGAAACUCCAUGGUAGGAGGCUGGAAGCUUAUAGGCACCUCAUAUAUCAAUCAGUUUUUAUGUGUUUACCCACAUUUGAACAUAUCACACAUCUGUCUGCACGGAAAACCUGACUUAAUGAGUUAAAACAAGCACAGCAAAGAGAGGGGCAUUGUUAGUCUCACUUUUCUGUCACUGCUACGUGUAAUGGGACAGUGAGAGUGUGUCAAGAAAUGUGUGUGUCUCACUGUCAGUUUAGCUUUAAGUGUACCGAGUCUGAGAUGUCCGGAAUAUUUCUUUGUCAUACACAGGACCAUCAUGAUGGAGAAAGAACUAAUGCCAUUAUGCUGCACAAUAUAAUAUAAUAUAAAGAAACUCUAUUUGCAUUGCUGAGCGAGCAUACUGGAGUUUUAGUAUGCCAUAGUGAACUUAAUAUGCAGUAAUGGACUAAAAGCCCAGUGGAGCAACAGUAAACAAGGGGAAGACUGUACAAACUACAGCUACUGCAAGAAAUUCAUUUUAAGGUUUGAGAGUAUAGUUUGGACCUGUGGAUACGUACUAUCUGUGGACUUUAUGUGGUUGUAGGUAUAACUGAUCUCAUUUUAAACAAACUGAGGAGCUGUGUUAAACUGCAAACAAAAAAACAGCCUCAGUUCUAAUAAUCAAUACCAGUUUAAUGAGGGAUGAGUUUAGGAUUCUUUGUUAUUUUUCUUGUUUGUUUUUGUACACUCAGCCACUAGAGUGUUAUGUUGUGGUACAUACAGAAUAAAGACUCUUCAUCCAUAAUGAGCCAUUCAAUGGGUCUUCAGUGGGCGUACAGUGAGAGAAGGAUCCAUUAAAGUCAAUUGUACAUUUUUAAGUGUAUAAACAAACCAACUGAAAAUAUUUGUAAAUAUUCAGUUACUUGUUUGUUGGAUGGUUUGUUUAGUUUUUCCUUUGCUUUUUUUCUGGUCGAAUGAAAUAUGAAAUAAUUUGUGACCAGGACAACAGGUGCAAGUUGUAAUUCAGCCACCAGCAAAAUUGACAAAUCUCAUUCAUAAGAGAUUCAAUUCUCUUUCUGCUGCUUCAUUAAGUUUUGGGAUCUGUGGAUGAAGAUGAUUUAUUGCUCUUGCAUUUAAGCAUAAGAAGACCAUGUAGCAUUUCAAUGUCACUUGAAUCAUCACAGCUAAUCAUGUAUCUACACAAGUAUGAUUAGCAAUUUCUGAUACUAACCUGCCAUUUCACAUAUAAUGUGCAAGUUCCAAAAUAAUCAUUGAUAUGGAGAUGGACAAUAACCUCUAAAUUUUAUUUAGGCAAAGGAAACAUUGAAAAAUAUAGUAGUUAUGAGAAGUAUCUCUGCUGAUAUGAACUCAUUGUAGCAUUAAAUUCUUACCAAAUGGCACUAGAUGAUUUCAUGAAAUUAAGUUUUACUUUAUGGUAACAUUUUACACUUAACUAGAACAGUUCAUCAAUUGUGAUUGAAUUAAGGAAAUAUUGGCAUAAUAAAGAUGGGAUAGAGAGUGGAUGAGGAUCUCAGUCAGUAUGUCUGGUGGUUUAAAGAUACCUGAAUAAGUGAAGCACAUGUUAUUCCUCUAAUAAUUUUUUUUUAUUAUUGUGCCCUAAAGCAAAUUUACACCUGUUGCCCUGUUAAACUAUAUACAGUAUGUUCAGAAUCAAAAAGCCACACUUGAGAUGAGGAAUAAAUGUUAAUAAAUGAUCUUCAAAAAGAACAGCUAAAAUAUAUUAAUAAGGUGAUAUUUCUCUUUAUUUAGAAGUUAUUACACACUGUAUGCUGUGACUCUGAUCUGGGGAACAUUAAAGAAAUUCAUAGCCAGA